CCGCCGCCGCCGCCGCAACCCCAGCCUCCCCAGCAGCCGUCGCCGCCGCCACAGCAGCCGCCGCCGCCGCCGCCGCAGCCGCCGCAGCAGCAGCAGCCGCCGCCCCAGGCCCCCCCCAUGGAGCCCGAGGCCCCGGAUUCCCGCAAGAGGCCCCUCGAAACGCCCCCCGAGGUGGUCUGCACCAAGCGCAGCAACACGGGAGAGGAAGGCGAAUACUUCCUGAAGGUGCUGAUCCCCAGCUACGCGGCAGGCUCCAUCAUUGGCAAGGGCGGGCAGACCAUCGUGCAGCUGCAGAAGGAGACAGGAGCCACCAUCAAGCUCUCUAAGUCCAAAGACUUCUAUCCGGGAACCACAGAACGAGUAUGCCUGGUACAGGGCACAGCAGAGGCCUUGAAUGCUGUGCACAGCUUUAUUGCUGAGAAGGUCCGAGAAAUCCCACAAGCAAUGACCAAGCCUGAGGUGGUCAACAUCCUUCAACCCCAAACCACGAUGAACCCCGACAGAGCCAAGCAGGCCAAGCUGAUCGUCCCCAACAGCACCGCGGGCCUGAUCAUCGGCAAGGGGGGCGCCACAGUGAAAGCCGUGAUGGAACAGUCGGGUGCCUGGGUGCAGCUGUCCCAGAAGCCGGAGGGCAUCAACCUUCAGGAGCGUGUGGUGACAGUCAGCGGCGAGCCGGAGCAGGUGCACAAGGCCGUGAGCGCCAUCGUGCAGAAGGUACAGGAAGACCCCCAGAGCAGCAGCUGCCUCAACAUCAGCUACGCCAACGUGGCUGGCCCCGUGGCCAACUCCAACCCCACCGGCUCACCGUACGCCAGCCCCGCCGAUGUGCUGCCCGCCGCUGCCGCCGCCUCGGCUGCUGCCGCCUCUGGCCUGCUGGGCCCCGCGGGGCUGGCGGGCGUGGGCGCCUUCCCGGCCGCCCUGCCUGCCUUCUCAGGCACCGACCUGCUGGCCAUCAGCACGGCGCUUAACACGUUGGCUAGUUACGGCUACAACACCAACUCCCUCGGCCUGGGCCUCAACUCGGCCGCGGCCUCCGGGGUCCUGGCCGCCGUGGCCGCUGGUGCGAACCCCGCCGCCGCCGCCGCCGCCAACCUCCUGGCGUCCUACGCGGGCGAGGCCGGGGCCGGGCCCGCCGGAGGGGCCGCCCCGCCUCCGCCCCCGCCCCCCGGAGCCCUGGGGUCCUUCGCCUUGGCCGCAGCCGCCAACGGCUACCUCGGGGCCGGGGCGGGCGGCGGGGCGGGCGGUGGGGGUGGCCCGCUGGUGGCCGCCGCAGCUGCAGCCGGGGCCGCCGGGGGCUUCCUGACGGCAGAGAAGUUGGCAGCUGAGAGUGCCAAGGAGCUGGUGGAGAUUGCGGUGCCUGAGAACCUGGUGGGGGCCAUCCUGGGCAAAGGGGGCAAGACGUUGGUGGAGUACCAGGAGCUGACAGGCGCGCGCAUCCAGAUCUCCAAGAAGGGAGAGUUCCUGCCUGGCACGCGGAACCGGCGGGUCACCAUCACGGGCAGCCCUGCGGCCACGCAAGCCGCUCAAUACCUCAUCAGCCAGCGGGUCACCUACGAGCAGGGAGUGAGGGCCUCAAACCCCCAGAAAGUGGGAUGAGGCCUGUGGUGUGUGCUCCCACCCCUCCUCCUCCCGGCCCCUUCUCCUCCUCUCCCUUCUCCUCCCCUCCCCCACCCCCCACUCCCAACUCCUGACCUCAGCUCGAGUGUAGUCCUGCUCCUCGUGGGAUGGGGCUGGGGUAAGCCUGACUGCACCCCCCCUCCUUCUGGUAGUCAUAGGCAGGAUUGAGUGAUGGCUGGGGAUGGGGCCCAGAAGCUCCCUCCCCAGCUCUGAACUGACCCUUCUUCCUUCCUCCCUAAGCUUGACUGGGCCUGACCCUCCACUCCCAGGGCCCGGGUCUGUGUGAUAUCUGUAUAUAUUGCAUUUUGUUGAUUUUAAUAGAAAACAAAGCGUUAUUUUCUCUUUC